GCACCGGGGAGGGCGCGCUGGCGGCGACAUGGAGGACGGCGUGCUCAAGGAGGGCUUCCUCGUCAAGAGGGGUCACAUUGUCCACAACUGGAAGGUGCGAUGGUUCAUCCUUCGGCAGAACACGUUGCUGUACUACAAGCUCGAGGGGGGUCGGAAAGUGAUCCCCCCCAAGGGCCGCAUCCUUCUGGAUGGCUGCACCAUCACCUGCCCCUGCCUGGAGUAUGAAAACCGACCACUCCUCAUUAAGCUGAAGACUCAAACAUCCACGGAGUACUUCCUGGAGGCCUGUUCUCGAGAGGAGAGGGACGCCUGGGCCUUUGAGAUAACAGGAGCUAUUCACGCGGGGCAGCCGGGGAAGGUCCAACAGCUCCACAUAUUGAAGAAUUCCUUCAAGCUGCCCCCUCACAUCAGCCUGCAUCGCAUCGUGGACAAGAUGCAUGACAGCAGCAGCGGAAUCCGGCCAAGCCCCAACAUGGAGCAGGGAAGCACCUACAAAAAGACCUUCAUAGCCAGCCGUCUGGAGGCCAUGACCCUGGCCUCCAUGCUCAUGGAGGAGAACUUCCUGAGGCCGGUAGGCACCCGAAGCACGGGAGCCAUUCGCUCUGGGGAUCUGGCUGAGCAGUUCCUGGAUGACUCCAUGGCCCUGUACACUUUUGCUGAGAGCCCCAAGAGGAGGAUAAGCUCCAAGGAAGAAAUCAGUCUCAGCACCGUGGAGUUAAGUGGCACAGUGGUAAAGCAAGGCUAUCUGGCCAAGCAGGGGCACAAGAGGAAAAACUGGAAGGUGCGGCGCUUUGUUCUGAGGAAGGACCCGGCUUUUCUGCAUUACUACGACCCUUCCAAAGAAGAGAACCGGCCAGUGGGUGGGUUUUCUCUUCGUGGUUCACUCGUAUCUGCUCUGGAGGAUAAUGGCGUUCCCACUGGGGUUAAAGGGAAUGUCCAGGGAAAUCUCUUCAAAGUGAUUACUAAGGAUGACACACACUAUUAUAUCCAGGCCAGCAGCAAGGCUGAGCGUUCAGAGUGGAUUGAAGCUAUCAAAAAGCUAACGUGACAAGGACCUGAGGGAAUGGGAUCAGGAUUCCUCCCUCUUAACAGAUGACAGGAUUUCCUGGAAAAAGGGAAUGUGUUAAGACUUUUAGCUUUUUCUAUUUUGUACUGCUUUGGAGUGAGAUUGGUGAAGAGUUCCUUAGAUUACAGUGGGCAGUGGUGCUAUUUCCUUCCCCACCUUCAAAGUUAACAUGGAAAUGCUAGAGUAGCCAUUAGGCAUCAGCAUCUUGACUUUCGCUCAUCAUCACAACCAGCCAUUCCUUGGGUACCAAAGUAGGUUUCCCUUGUCACACUAACUGGCCACGUUGUAAUACUAAAUAAAACACUAUAGUCUCAUGGUGGCGCUCUCUGAAAUGCUGUCAGCAACUCAUUCUUUGGAAUGAAUAAAAAUUGUUAUUUGUUCCUGGCUAUUAGAAUUCCUAUACCAAGUUUUAGUUUUCAAAGGUUUUUCAUGCUUAAGGCUAUACGAAUUAUUAGGCAAGAUGAUUAUAAAAACAUCUCAAGUGAUCUGUCACUAAAACAUGCCUCAUCUUAAAGUGGGGAUGGGGGGCAAAAUUUUGAAAAUAUCGUUUUGCUUUGAAAAAUAAGCUUUCGUAAGUAUUAUACGUUGCAGAAAAGAAAUCAUGGACUCAGAUUAGUCACACAUACAAAAAAAAGUAAAAUUACAGUUUUUCUGUGGAAAAAAAUGUCAUUUAGAUAGACAGAGCAGGAGUUUGUUGAAGGACAGGAACAGGAGCUCUCUAAAGGACACAGAAAGAUGUCAAUGGGAAAAGAAUUAAAUCAAGGCAUGAAAUUUUGGGUUUUAGAAUGAAGAUUAAUGGAGACAAAUAGGUACCAAGAAGCUUCACCAGUUAGGAGGUUAAUCUGAAGUAGUGAAAAGUCUGCAUCAUACAGUAUCUUUAAAAACAUUUUUAUUACUUUCAAGUUUAAUACAGUAAUCUGCCAAGUACAAGUGCUUCGGCUUCCUUUAAUGAAUAGAUACGUAACUUACAUUUAAGGGGAGUGGAUACUUCCAAAGUGCUUAAGUAAAAAUUCAUUCUCUUCAAUAGUCUGAACUGUCUCCUCUUAAUCUUGUCUAGAAUAACUGAUCUGAGGUUUUACUUUAUUCCUCACAUUCUAAGAGACUGCCUUUUAAAGCACCAUUUCCCAUUUGGCAUUUCACCAAGGUCUAUGUCCUUGGAAUUAGUUUCUUUAUUGCUUCUUGUUAUCAACAGGUGUUUACCUGAAUUAAACUGCAUUUGGUUUGAUGGCUUCUUGACUCUAAAUUAGCACAAUUACACCCCACUCUGUAUGGUAUCAGUAUCGUGUGUUGAAAAGUAGUUGACUAUCACCUUGAGGCAAGUCAGGGGUCAACUCUCGCCAAGAGUACUAGCACUUGAAUUUUUAAAAAUCCGGAACCAUUUACACCGUUCUCGAUGUAAAAGCAGCGAGGUCAAGUACGGCAGCUGAGUAGUAACUGUACAGCUUCGCACGUCUCUGUAGGUUUCCACUAAGUGUCUGAGCAUUAUCCAUGUAAGUAAUGGCUUGUCUUGUUUUACUAGAAAACGUGAAAAAUGGUUUGCAUUCAUAUUUUUCCAGGCCAUUUAAGAUUUUCAACUAAUUAUGCCUAAUGGAGACUCAAACUAUUUUCAGUUAUGAGUCGAUAACCACUUGACCUCGAAGGCAGCAUGGGGAGUAGAUGAAAUUGUCAAUUUUUAAUGAAGUCUUUGUGGGGAGAGAUCCAUUUGGAUAAACUGGUCAAUUGUCUUUGUCAAUCUGUUCAAGUUAUUUGGAGCUGGGUGUGAUCUUGUUCUCAUAUUUGAAAGUGAUACUUUUAGGUCACCAGGGUAAGUUUAGUUAGUUCUCUCCUUCAUGAUCAGUGAGGUAUUGAUCUUUUUUCUCAUAAGGGUCAUAAAUUUGCAAAAUUGUUGCGUAACUGAGCAAAAGACCUGCAUGGGAUAAAAUCACUCACCACUGAUGCCACCGGUAUUUCUCGACAGUUAUGGCUUUUGAAGUAUUAAAAAAAAUUCAGUAAACAAAGUGAAAAUUCAAUUCCUCUGCUUACAGCAAACAUUUAAGGAGCACCUGUUACAGUUUGAUAACAUUCUUGAUGCUGUGAGCUUUAUAGACUUUUUUUUGACUCCUCAGAAAGACUGAAGUGAAAAUUAUGUGCCAGAUUCUCCUCUAAAUAUUCCCAGUAUGCAAGCCAGCAAUCAUGGCUCCCUCGUGGAAACCGUUAUAUGAAAUUAGACUUCUGGAUUUAAAGAGCUAGUAGAGGCUGCUAAAUUAAACAAAGGGACAAACCUUCAAAAAUGGCUCAAAUGGCUCACCAACACACUCUUCUAUUUUCCAUUCCCUUUAACACUGAGGUAAGUCUAGUCCUGGAUUGACAAAGGUGGGUUAGGCUUAAUCUUCUAAGAAGUAUUUCUUGGGAAUGAUUAGUAAAAUUAAUUUAUAUAGUACCUCAAGUACCCUAAGAGAUUAAAUUUAUGAAGCAGACCAAAGUUAACUUAAGACUUUCUACACCCUGGCUACUGUAGCUGUAACUGCAAACCAUACGUUAUCUAUGAAAUUUAUUUACCUUUGUAUAUAUUAUUUAUUUACCUUUAGAACAAUCAGCUCUUAAAGAAAAAAAUGAUGGAAACACAGAAAAACCAUUGUAAUUGUGUUCAAACAGAUCCCCACUCUAUUAUGAAGAGAACUGAAGCUUCUAGGUGGCACCUAGCAGAUAUUUUACUGGAAAAAAAAAUCGAAAGUUGGGCAAUGAGACUCAAAUAACUUAAUUUAAAAAGCAGCAUCUUUUUCUUAAAAAACAGAAGAAACACCCCUAAAACCUUUACCACCCUGAAUUACAAACUCAAGGCAAGCAGCUUAGUACGCCAACAAGGACCAGUGUGACAAAUUCUCCCUCAUCCCACAUGUUGUCAUCAGUCUCAAAUAGGUAAAAGGCACACAACCAAUGUAAUUCUUUAGUUGCAUUUUAAGGCUUUUUCCCCCUAGGAGUAAACUUUCACUAAUUAAAAUUAUGUUCUCUAAACCCUCCCUUUGAAAGGAUCUGCUAUAUUGAUCCUUUAGGUCACCUGCCUUUAUAUUACUACAUUUCAAAUAAAAUGAAGAUAAUAGAAUUAGGGUC